UCUUACUUCACUUAGUGUGUCAGUCAGUAGUGUGUAGUCAGUUCGUAGUGUGACUUAGUAAUCCCCCGACUAUCACUUGCCUCUUUAUGUCAAGAAUAAAAGCCGUCUCAUUUUCUAAAAGCCUUCAACUUAAGGGAAUAAUAUUGGCUAUUUACUACUUUCUGUUAGAAUUCAAAAGGGUAAGUCAUGUGAGAAAAGACUUGUGCAAUAUCAGAAUAAAGGCUGAUGGCGAGACACAGAACUGAAUUAUUUUUCUGGAUAAGAUAAACGAACACAUGCGUGUAAGCGUCCUCCUGUUUCGUUUUGACGUAAACGUCUAGGUACUAAACGAUGCAAUAAGGAAAAGAAAAACUGAAAACCUGUUCCAGCAUACAUUUAAACCGUUUCAACUAUCAUACGGUGUUUACCUCGGUUUCGCAUUUCGCUUUUGGCCGACAGAAAUGUGCAAAGCAACACAUAGUCGUUUUAUUGCCAUCAUUUCACCGCAUUUUAAUAAAAUUAAAUUUGGUUUUUUUUUCUUCAGAUUUCAGAUAUUCAAAGCUGUAACAACUGACUGUUCGGGUUAUGUUCCAAACAUGACGUGAAUAGCAAUUUCAAUAGAACCACGUCGGACAGUGAGGUUACAAAUGCGUAUAGGAUUUUCCGACAGGGUCGCUCUUUUAUUGACGUGGCUCCUACUUUACGCGGAUUCGUAUAAAGUACACGAUAUAGCAGGUUGAAAAUGAAAAAAAAACGCUGGUACGCAGCCGUUCUAUGCUUGUAUAGAGAACACAUACCGCCGUCGUCAGUUCCAACCGCCAGACGUGUCAACUUCGAGCGAGCAAGUGAAAGCAAAACUUUCGUCUUAUGCAGCCGCGUCUAUACGUUACUCCGCUAGAAAACUGUCAGGCUAGUACGAUGCGGAAGUGACUGCAAGACGUAUAAGAUCACAUCGGUUACCAUCAUUCAGUUAUUCUUCAUUUGUACUGAUAUUCAAAUCAUCAAAUGAACAUUGAGUUGGAAGAGCUGCCAAUCUUUCCAAGAAAUGCAAACGAAAACGCGAGAGGCGAAAGGAAAGAAUCACGAACAGAAAAUGGAAUGGCCUGCCUUCUUCCAGUUCUUAGCGCGAGAAGAUGCGACAGGAGAGAAUCUUGUGUAGAAAAAGGCGUGAGUCACAUUUUGGAGAAGGUCCCACCAGCACCCAGUGCGAAUCGAGUGGAAAGGAAAGAAUCCCGGCUCGAAAAUGGAACACCUAAUAUCACGGGCAGCGUUUCACCACUACAUAGUCGAGUGUUCGGGAUGCGUGAAAGAGCAUCACGCCAACUUCAAAACACGGCAUCGGUCAACGGGAGCAAGCCCAUAACGGAACCCAUUGCAGUGGCGUUGCGACGAAUUGUUUUCGGCCAGUGUCCAGCACCAAUCAAGGCUGAAUAUUUUUCACGAGGCCCAGGACUUGUUUUUCGUGAAGCAGAACGUGAUCUUGGUUACGCUUUGAUGGUGAGUCACGCAGCUGGAUUGCCGAUUGCCAACUCAUUAAUGAUGGCUUUACAGACACAUAUCUUGCGUAUUCUACUGUUUGAUGUUAGGCCAUCCAGGGUAUACCAACCGGAUCCAUUGAAGCCUUCAUUUUCAAUGCAACAAGAAGCGUUGUGUACAGCCAUCACCGACAUCAUCUGGACAGCAGGUGGAUGCCAUUACGGGGUUUUGUGUUUGCCACAUCCAAUUCAUAUUCACGUCGAGGAGUCUGACCACUUCAAUGCAGAUGGUGUAACGGAAAAACUUAACAUACUUGAAUGUCAAGAUCGGGAGGAACUCCAGUACUUUGUGAGACGCAAUCUCUUUCUGUUUCAGCAAGACCCUGGUCCUGCCUUGCUGCUUCUAAUUUACAGUGCCGUCUUAGCCCGUGGAAUUGACCGAAUUGCAGAGGAUAUGGGGACACGAUGGAUAACGGGUACAAAUUCCUAUCUCUCAAGCCUGAUCAAUUAUUCUGGAGACAUCAGCUUCAGCGCGCUUAAUUUGAUUCUGUCGGGCAGAGCGGCAUCAUACCUGCAUAAUGGAACUCAUUUUCAGGAAGACAAGGACAAGAUCAUGAUUGCCCAGCAUGGAAUUCAAGCGCGUUCACCUAUCGGAUUACUGCUGUGGAUGCGGACUGAAGAAAAAACAGCGGCAUACAAAUUAGGCUCACGAUUAAAAACACCAGUCUACCCCAUUUGGCUGAUUAUCGCCUCGGAACAAAGUGGAGUCCUAUUUAGCGAUGAUCGUGAUCUCCUCCGAGAUUACCGCUCAGAAAUUAGAUUCGAGUUGCACUAUCACACCAGUUCGCAUAACCAAUUGACACCAGCCGUGUUGGUAAUACGAACAAAGCUGCCACUGGAGGUACCCGAAGAAGACGUGGCUCUUCCGACGUUAGAUAAAAUCAUCAGAACGAAGUGGAGCGGAGCACGCGUGAGCUGGAACGGCCUGACCCCAUUUUUGUAACAAAUGUGUCUAUAUUCCUCUUCAAUUUUUCUACUACGUCAUAUCAUAUCAAAGAUAAUUAUAUGUAUACCAAAGCAUAGGAAAAUACACACUAUUUCGACCGCA